GUGGGAUUGCAACCGCCACUGCUCGAGUUGAAAGUUGCGAUAGAACUCUUGCGACACGUUUUGAUAGAGGCCUCCGGAUGGCUCAGCUGGUUCCUACAGGCCGCCUUCCCGCAGUCUCAUCGGUUGUGUGCAGGGAAUGCUCGUCGGUUUUUUCUCAAGUGCCUGCGAAUAUUCGUAUGAAAUCUCGAGCUUCCCGGUGACCUUCCACGUCGAUGCACUCAGCCUUCUUCCACAUUGGCCUAUCGCUUCGAUGCAUUCCUUCACUGGUUUUUAACAGCUUGAAACCUCGAUCAUCGACAGGGGUCAUCAGAAAGAUAUCAGUUGGGAGCAUUUGGAUGGCAUCAGAAUCUCCCAGUGAAGGAGCCUCUGUGCACAAAUGGACCAAUCGCUUGGCACAUGAGAAGUCUCCUUACCUACUACAGCAUGCACAUAAUCCUGUUGACUGGUAUCCUUGGGGGGAGGAGGCCUUUAAAAAGGCAAGGGAUGAGAGGAAACUGAUUUUCCUUUCUGUGGGAUACUCCACAUGCCAUUGGUGUCACGUGAUGGAGCAUGAGAGUUUUGAGAAUGAGGACAUUGCUAAGAUCAUGAAUGAACAUUAUGUGAACAUCAAAGUGGAUCGGGAGGAAAGACCAGAUGUUGACAAAGUGUACAUGACAUUCAUCCAGGCAACUGUAGGUGGCGGUGGCUGGCCAAUGAGUGUCUGGCUGACUCCAAGUCUGAAACCCAUUUACGGAGGCACCUAUUUCCCUCCCAUUGACCGAUACUUUGGACAACCUGGCUUUACCAGCAUCUUGCAAAGUCUUGCUGAAAAGUGGAAUGAACAGAAGGACAACUUCGAGAAAUCUGGUGAAAAACUCAUUCAGGCCCUUUCUUCUGGGACAGCUCUGAAAGGGAAAGCGAAGACAGUUCCUGGUGAAGCAGGCCUGAUGAAAUGCAUGGAACAGUUUUCACGACGUUAUGACCCCGUGCAUGGUGGUUUUGGGUCUGAGCCCAAGUUUCCCCAGCCCUCAAACUUCAACUUUCUGUUUGCAUAUGCUGACAUGUACCAAGGGAGUGGAGAGGAACAACAUGCCAUUGAAAUGUCCCUUCAUUCUCUCAGAUGUAUGGCCAAGGGUGGAAUCCAUGAUCAUGUUGCCAAGGGGUUUGCAAGGUAUUCCACUGAUGAGGAGUGGCAUGUGCCUCACUUUGAGAAGAUGCUCUAUGACCAAGGACAGCUGACCGUAUCCUAUGUAGAUGCCUACCUGGCUUCAAAGGAUGAAUUCUUUGCAAAUGUGGCUCGGGACAUCUUGGAGUAUGUUCAGCGUGACCUGAGUGACCCAUCUGGAGGUUUUUACUCAGCUGAGGAUGCAGAUUCAUACCCAACUGAAGGAUCCCCUAAGAAGAGAGAGGGAGCAUUCUGUGUAUGGACAUGGGAGGAAAUUCAGACGCUUCUUGAAGAGAAGAAAAUCCCCAAUCAUGAGGAAAUCAGUCUGGCUGACAUCAUCUGCCACCACUUUGAUGUGAAGAAGGAUGGUAAUGUUAAUCCUUAUAAGGACCCUCAUGAUGAACUGAAGCGGCAGAAUGUGCUCAUUAUCCGUGGGAGUGAAGAGAAGACUGCUGAACAUUUCAAGAUUGAUGUGUCAACCUUAAAGAAGGCUCUUGAAGAUGGAAGGAAAAUCCUUUUUGAAGCAAGAAGGCAACGACCUCGACCACAUCUUGAUGACAAAAUGAUCACUGGAUGGAUUGGUUUGAUGGUCUCAGGGUUUGUAAGAGCUGGUCAGGCAUUGGAUGAUGAAUCAUACAUUGAGCGUGGCCUGAAAGCUCUCAAGUUUCUCAAAAAGCAUCUCUACAAUCCCGAAACAGAAACCCUCUUACAUAGUUGUUACAGAGGGAGUGAGAAAGAUGUUGUGCAGAUACAACAACCGAUUGAGGGAUUCCUUGAUGAUUAUACAUUUGUGGUGAGGGCAGCUUUAGAUGCAUACCAAGCCUGUUAUGAUCCCCAGUGGCUGGAAUGGGCUGAUUUACUUCAGAAGAAGCAGGAUGAGCUUUUUUGGGAUGAAAAGGAGUCUGGAUACUUCAGUACCACAGCACUAGAUCCAAGCAUCCUCCUCAGGCUCAAAGAUGAUCAAGAUGGGGCAGAGCCAUCAGCCAACUCAGUCUCAGUGAGGAAUCUCCUUCGUUUGUCCAGCUCCUUUGACAGACCUGAUUAUCUGAUGAAGGCAAGAGAGAUCUUGAAGCUGUUCUCAGAACGGCUUCUCAAGGUUCCCAUGGCCUUGCCAGAAAUGGCAGCUGGCCUGGCCAUGUACAUUCAGUCCCCUACACAGAUCUUAAUCGUUGGGAAACCUGAGCAAGAGGACACGAGAGAGAUGCUGAGGGCAGUGAAUUUGCAGCUUCUCCCCAAUAGUGUCAUUCUCAUCGCCGAUGGGAAUGUAGACAGUUUUCUCUAUAAGAAUGCAUCCACACUGCAGAACAUGAAACUUAAGGAGAAUGAAUGUAUUGGGAAGCCUAGUGUGGGGAUCUCUGGGACAUGGGUGAUGAGAAACCACGAGAGAGCAAGUCAGAAAGAGACAGGAAACAAAGAGAAAACCAGGGAGGAUGGAUGGCAAUGGGGAAAAAUCUUGACCUGGUGGAUGCUUCUGGCAGGAAUCAUCUUAUACUUCAGCUACAUCCUUUGUGUCAUUUCAGACAACAAGGAAAUCCCUAAGGAUGUAAUACACAACAACCAUUUGCUGCCAAUCCCAAAGAGUCUUAAGUUAGUAUUAGAACCACAUUGUGAUAAGACAACGCAAAGAGCACUGGAUGCAGUUCACAAGGCAACCAGUGCAGCUUGUCAAAGGCAAAUUCUCAACAUCACCUGUCAGUUCCUCAAGGGUGAUCUUUUUCCAUUCAACUUCCAGUCUAAGUGCCACACAAAUGAUGAGUACAAUGCUGAGGGGAUAAAGGGUCAGUACAUGGGCUGCUUUCAAGAUGGGAAGUCUCGCAUCUUGAGUGGGACCAAGGGAAACCUGGGACAGGGGAAUUCUCCAUCAGCCUGCAUCACAUAUUGUCUCCAAGCUGGAUUUCCAUAUGCUGGUGUUGAAUAUUCAAAAGAAUGUUGGUGUGGAAGAAGUCAACCAGAUGAAGGGAAGCAAGUGGCAGAAGAUGCAUGUAACAUGCUAUGUCCCACUGGCACUGACAAAUGUGGAGGUUACUUCACAGUGAAUAUUUAUAAGACAGGCAUCUCCUACCUACAGUAUGAGAAGCCCCAGAAGCCUGAUGUAUAUGGUGAUGAAACUGGAGCAGGGAAGGUGAAGAUUGCAUUCUUGUUAACAUGGAGUGGAAGGGGGUUGAGGCAAGUGAAGCGUCUCCUAUCUGCCCUCUAUCGACCUCAUCAUUAUUAUUUCAUUCAUGUUGAUGAGAGAGCAGAGUACCUGCAUCGAGGGUUGAAGGCCAUGCUAGUCGCUAACCCUUUGGAGAAUGUAGUCCUAACAGAUGAUCGAGUGCGAACCAUGUGGUGUGGGAGCAACUUGCUUGAAGCUCAUCUUCGUUCCUUAGGAAAUCUCCCUUCAAACUGGUCAUGGGAUUUUGUGAUCAAUCUAAGUGAAACGGACUUUCCCAUCAGGCCACUUGAAGAUCUGGAGGAGUUUCUCUUCCUAAACCGUGGAAAAAAUUUCCUGCGUUCCCACGGCCAGGAGGCGCACAUGUUCUUCAAGAAGCAGGCCCUUGAUUGGCUGUUUCAUCAAUGUGAUGAUCACAUGUGGCGCCUUGCCCAGCGCCCCCUGCCACAGGGCAUAGUUCUCGAUGGUGGUUCCGACUGGUUCGUCCUCAAUCACCACUUUGUCUGCUACCUUCUGGAGCGGAUGCACGACCCAAUGGUCAAGGGCCUGAUUGAGUUCUUCACCUAUGCUCUCUUACCUUCUGAAAUGUUCUUCCACGUCGUGUUGCGGAAUUCACCCCUGUGCGAGACCCGCCUCGACCAGCAUCUCAGGCUGGUGAACUGGGACCGGAAAAAGGGCUGUCGUUGCCAGUAUAAGUCCGAGGUGGACUGGUGCGGCUGCUCGCCCAAUGCCCUUCGCCUUCAUCAUCUCCAGAAGAUCCUCUCUGCCAGAGCCAGGCCUGCCUUCUUUGCUCGCAAGUUCAUCCCAUCCAUCAGUGCAACCGUCCUCAACAAGGUUGCUCUUGAUCUGCAUCCACUUGAGGAGGAACCGCUAUCUUGGAAUUCUUACUGGGAGAACCUGUAUCAUUAUGAGGAUUCCAACCAGUCUCUAUGCAUGGAAAAAGCAGUAAAUGCUUGGGAGACCCUACUCCUUCCUGGCUUACCUUUUCAGUUUCACCACAGUACCAUCCUUGAAGCCUGGCUUCACUUCCAGCUGGAUCGCUUCAAGGGAAUUGUGGUUCAGUUAGAAGGAUCCUUGGAUGAAAGGGGUAGACAGCCCCAAAUUAUUGAAGCUUUCAUCGAGAGAAUUGAUCCCAUCAUCACCAGGAAUUUGGAGUCUUCCUUGGCCAAGAAGAUCCUGAAUGUUGCAGUGGAAGCAAACUGGGACCUGAAGGAAGAGCGAAGCCUGAGCUAUCAUGGAUUCAUAUGUCCAGAGAGUAAACAUGUAUCGGCCUACGGACAAAGGACGGGCAGAGCGAAAAACCUCCUGUCUCGUUGA